UGCGUGCAUGAUUUUACAAAACAAACCGUUUAAAUACUUCAACGGAAAGGUCGGCCUCUUCAUAUGGACAGUAAAGGCAGAACAGGGAGCAUAUCGGAGUUACUUUUGCUUUUACGGACUACUAGCUGCUGUCACUGGGAGUUGGUGUUAGGAAGCAGCUCAACAUGUGCUGACCAGCAGCUCACCAAGCCACAACACUGGACAUCUGACAGAGCUACAGGCUGUCAAAGUUGAGGUCUACCACUCAGAUUGAGGUUGUGGUUGUGGCUCGCUGGCCGUGUUUGCAGCUGCAGACUAGAUGUGAAAGCGACUUGAUCAGAUGAUGUGUGAACCGGUCCUCCCCCUGUGUCUGCUGCUGUGGAUCCUGCGAGCAACACAAGCUGCUAAGGUCACAGCUCCCGCCAGAGUGGAUGCAGUGGCGGGUGAUCCCGCCCACCUUCGCUGCAACAUCACCAUGGAGGCGGAUGAAAGCGUGCACCAGGUGCGCUGGCACGACCCUCACUCCAACAUGAUCCUGGCGUAUUUGCCGACCUCGCCGGUCCGCAUCGUCCACCAAGACGCCAACCUCAAGGUGACGGUGGCGCGCAAGGACUCCAGCUACAUCACCAUCAAGAAGGUGCGGCCGGAUGACGAGGGCUGCUUCCGCUGCUUUUUCGACGUGUACCCCUCUGGGAAGCAGCAAGGCACCACCUGUAUCACCAUCACCGGUGGGUGCAGGAAGACCUCCACUUCUCCUCCGUGUCUCACAUACUUUUUAUGUACUUUAUUUAACUCUAGUUAUCUCAGGAAAUAUGCAGCAUCUCUGCCCGACAUUUCAACUCUGUUCAAAGUUUAUUUAUUGAGGCCAUGUAACUUUUUUGAUUAGAGUCACUGGGUUUGUUUUGCAGAAUAAAUGUUAAACUCCCAGAUCAGCAGAAGUAAAAGCCCACACACACAGAUAACCCCAUGCAAAUGUGUU